AUGGACGACAACUCGGAGGUCAACGGCUCCAACGGCUACACCAACGGCCACUAUGAGCCGCAGCAUAACGGAACACCGCAGCUGCGGGAUGAUCUCAGAGAUCCGCAGUACGGCUACAACGAUGGCAGUGACAACUUCGACCCUGUCACCGGCACGUACCCUCGCAUCUCGCGCCCCGUUGAGCUGAUUCGGCCCUCAUACGAUGUUGUUGUCAUCGGCUCCGGCUAUGGUGGGGCCGUUGCCGCCAGUCGAAUGGCUCGAGCUGGACAGACCGUCUGUCUACUAGAGCGCGGGAAAGAGAAGUGGCCCGGAGAGUUUCCCUCUGGAAUUGCGGGUGCUGCCCAAGAGCUGCAUAUGACCAAUGCAGCAACGGACGGCGUACUCGGCAGACUUGGGAAGUUUGCCGAAGGAGGUGACCCUACUGGUCUCUACCACCUCAUUGUCGGUGAUGGCCAGAACGCCUUCGUCGGAAACGGUCUGGGAGGUACUAGUCUCCUGAAUGCCAAUGUCUUCUUGGAGGCGGACCCUGGUACAAUGAGCCUACCGAUUUGGCCCGAGGAACUCCGAGGCGAUAACCUCAAGCCAUACUACGAGAAGGCUCGCAAAGUCUUGGAGCCGGCACAAUACCCAGAGGACUACCCCAAGCUUCCCAAGUUGGAGACGCUUGAGAAGCAGGCGAAGCUCAUGGGAUGGGGCGAUAAGUUCUACCGCGUGCCUCAAACGACCAAGUUCGUCGACGGAGACAAUAGCACUGGUGUCUCGAUGAAGGCAUCUUCACUCACUGGCCAAGACACCACGGGUCUCAAUGACGGAAGCAAGUCAACCACUCUGGUCAACUAUCUCAGCGAUGCCUGGAAUUGGGGUGCCGAGAUGUUCUGCCAGUGUGAGGUCCGUUACGUCACUGAAGCCCCUGACAGAGACGGCUACAUUGUUUACUUUGCCUGGCAUGGAGGCAAGCGAGCAAACUUCCAGGACAUCUUUUACGAAGACCUCAUGUGGGUUCAUGCAAAGGAACUGGUCUGCUUUGGCGCCGGUAGUAUUGGUACCACAGAGAUUCUGCUUCGCAGCCAGAAGUUUGGCCUUCAAAUGAGCAAGGAUGUCGGCCAGGGUAUGAGUGGCAACGGUGACAUCUUGGCUUUCGGUUACAACACCAAUGAGUACGUCAACUCUAUGGGGCGACCAGACCCACCACCGAACCGUGCUGUCGGGCCAUGCAUCACGGGUGUCAUCGACUGCCGUGACCAAGAGAACCCCCUCGACGGCUUUGUGAUCGAAGAGGGUGCCAUUCCCGCCGCCUUGGCACCGUUCUACCAGACUAUGCUCCAGUACCUCCCUGGUCGUGUCUUCCCGCACAAUCUUUCCUUUGGUCAGAAGGCCGACCACUUGGCUGCUGCUGUGGGUGCUCGCGUCUUUGGACCUUACAACCCACUGGGGAGCACUGAGAGAACCCAGUGCUACUUGAUCAUGUCGCACGACAGCAGCCAAGCAACAAUGAACUUGGUCGAUGACAGGCCGCUGAUCAACUUCUCUGGCGUCGGCACUUCCAAGAGAGCUACUAAGCUUGCGGGUUACCUCCAGAAGAUCACCAACCUGAUUGGGGGCACUUACGUUGACAGCCCAUUCUAUGCCGCCUUCGGAGAGAAGGAGAUCACAGUCCACGCAAUUGGCGGCGCACGCAUCAGUAACGACGGUACUGGUGCUGGCGGUGGUGUCAACGACAAAGGCCAGUUGUUCAAGGGUGAUGGGGAAGAGGUCCACCCUGGCCUCAUCGUUUGCGACGGCACUAUUGUCCCUGCUGCUCUCGGAGUUAACCCCUUCGCGACCAUCACCGCCCUCGCCGAGAGAUCGAUGGAGAAGAUUGCCGAAGACAGACACUUGACUAUCAGGGAGGAUCGCAAUGGGUCUCUCAAUCUCUUCGGAAAGCCCGCACAUAUUCCGGAGAGCCUACAGCGUGAAGAUGCUCUCCAAGUGAUGAGAGUUCAAGACAUCAUCCAGACUGCCAGAGAUGACAACACUGCCGGUAUUGCCUUCACUGAGAUGAUGGACGGCUGGAUUCAUAUCCGUGACAAGAACGAGACGAUCAACAACUUGUCUUUCGAACACGCGACGGCCACUGCUCGCGGUCGUGGCGAGUUUGCGCGAUUCUUCCUGAGCGCUCGCUCAUGGAACACCCACAACCUUGUCCAUGACAAGGAGCACCCGGCCACUCUCACCGGAACCUUUACCUGCCCCAAGCUCGGCGGAACCUGCAUGGUACAGGGCGGUAAAUUCCAACUCUUCAAUGACGACCCUCGCGCACCUGACACCACGAACCUCACGUACAACUUUACCAUAUCGUGCCCCAACGGCCAGAAGCUCCACUUCAACGGAUACAAGGUCGUCAAUCCGGAUGUCACCCUCAACCCUCUCAACCUCUGGAAGGCUACUACUACCCUGUACUGCACCAUCACGGAGCUUGGGACUGGUGGUAUGGGAGACGAAAACAAUGUUCUCGGCAAGGGUAUCAUCCACAUUCGUCCCACCUCUUUCCUCCAGGAAUGCACCACCAUGGAGACUACCGGCUCGACUCUCUACUCCCGCGUUGCUUCGACUGCCAACUUCCUCGGUUACUUCACCGCCAAGGCAGCCAGUGCUUUCCUUACACCGUUCAUUCCUAUGCAGUGGCCCAGUCUGCCAUUCAACAACUACCAGAACCCCUCAAGAUACACGGAGGAGAUAACACUCCAUGCAAGCGAUCGUGUCAAGACCAAGCUCUUCUACUGGAGCCCUCAAUUUUAUGAGCCCUACGAGAAGCGCAACUGGGACGAGUCGGACGCGCCUAUUGUGUUCCUUAUCCCCGGUGCUGCUGUUGACCAGCAGAUCUUCGCCUUGCCCACAAUCGAGAAGAAUGCUGUCAACUACUACCGUGCGAAGGGGUUCCGAGUGUACUCGAUGGUUCACCGUGUGGGCAAGACCAUCGUUGCCCAGCAAAACUGGACCACAUAUGAUGCUCGACUGGAUCUCAAGGCCGCUCUCGAGGAAAUUCGCCGAAGACAUCACAUCGAGGAUAGCGGAAGUGGACCAUCCGUCACAACAUACGUCGUUGCUCACUGCGCUGGUUCUGUUGCUCUCGCCUCAGGUCUGCUUGACGGCACGAUUCCGCGCCAGUGGCUCAGUGGCGUGACUGCCUCCCAAGUCUUCAUGAACCCAAUGUUUGCCAAGGUCAAUCAGAUCAAGGCCAGCCUUCCGAUCUCCAUGGCGUCUAUCUACAGUCUCUUCCAGGGCAACUGGUACGAUUGCUCGAGCUCCUCCCAGGAUGGCAUCAUUCAGCAGGUCAUCAACCAGGCGCUCCGCUUCUACCCCGUCGGUCGUCGUGACGAGAUUUGCAACUCUGUCGUUUGUCAUCGUAGCUCUCUUGUAUUUGGACGCCUUUGGUCACACCAGCACCUGAAUGACGCCACCCAUGCCCAGUUGGAGAACUUCCUCGGAGGUACCUCGAUGAAGAGCCUUCGCCACCUUAUGGACAGCGGUCUCGCAGAGAAUGUUCUUGACUCUCGGAAUGUCGAACUUACCACACAGGGGAAUAUUGCUCGUCUCAAGGGUCUUCCCAUCUUCCUCUUCUCCGGAUCUGAGAACGCAGUCUACGACCCGCAGAACACCGACAAGUCCUUCACCACCCUCAGCGAGGUCAACGGCGGCAUGUGCUACGAGAGGCAAGUCUUCGAAGGUCGCGGCCAUCUUGAUGCUUGGAUGAGUCCUACUGCCCAUGAAGAGGUUUACCCUCGUGUGCUUACCCACAUCGAAAAUGUGCGAGGAGGCAAAUAUGAGAAGGUGAAGUCUUACAUCAAGUCUGUUACCAAGGGGAACGCUCGAUGCUAA